AUGGCGCAAUCAAAACCGAAUAGUGGAUAUAUUGUCGAAUACGUCGAAGAGAUGGAGUCUCUCGGCCUCGAUGAAUACGGAUUCAACCUGAUGCGCACAUACUACCAGGACGACGACCUGUGGCAAGCCUUUCGCCGGAACUUUGACACCGCGCUGGAGAAGGGCAUGGCCGGAGAAUGGUCCCGCGCGAUAGAGAAGCUUCACGACAAGGUUUUCACGCGCAUUCACGACGAUCUGGACUUGGCCGGUCAAGGACCAGAGGGCGUGUCUGCGGCGUUUCAAACCUUUUGCCUGGAUGAGGAGGACGAAGACGAAGAUGAAGACGAGGAGGAGGAAGAUGAUGAAGGCGGCGAUGACGAAGAAGAAAGAGACAAAGACAAAGGCCAAGAAAGAAGUCCUUGGUCGCAUGAAAUGGGACCCGGCAUCAUCCGAAGCAUCUGCCUCAUGGUCGACGAGGCCAGCAUGCGCUCCGCCACGCCGUAUGUCAUCGCCGUGGACGCGCUGCUGCACACGGGCGCGGAUCUCGGAUAUCCCGGGUAUUUUAAAAUCGCGAUUGACUGUCUGAUGCCCAAGUUCUACGCUGCCGUCGGUCGCUUUGACUUGGCACGGGUGGCUGCCGCGGUGGACAAGGACGUUCACAAGCCACCAACACAACAGCGCCAUCGUCACGACUAUGACGAUAUCUCGACCAUCACGGCCAUCAAGCGGCCCAUUUCCUCGCUUCAAUAUCUAGACCCUCUACGCAUCAUGCCUUCCGAGAAUGCCGUACUCCGCCGUCUCGGCCCUAUGGAACUCUGGUCCUCCUCCCGCCACAGCCUCGGCAUCUACCGCGCUGUCACCGUCUCCGCGCGGUACGUCCCCAGCUCCCGCUCACCCGGCGGCGCGUCCGUCACCUCCAUCUCCCCGCGCCUGCUCGCCGCGCUGGUCGCGGUCCACGUGUCCGUGGUGGUCGUGGCCGCGGCGGAGGACGCGGCGCUGGAUCGGGAGGUCGCGCGCGUGCAGGCCGCGCAGCACAACGCGCUCUGGCAGGAUACGGAGACGAGGGCUCCGUGGCGGCUGACGAUCGUGCGGGAUGAGCAGCACAACUACGAGGACGUGAUAUUCGCGUUUCACCAAGCGCUGCUAGACGGCACCAGCGGGCGCGCCUUCCACGAACACCUCCUCGCCGCGCUCAACAACUCCUCCCCGCCCGGAGACGACGACAGCGGUGUGCUCUCCUUUCCGGAGCCCCCCGCGCUGCCGGAGCCGCAGGAGGAGGCAGUGAGGUUCACGCUCGGCCCGCUCUACGUCGCCUCCGUGCUCUGGGGCGAGUUCGCCCCCGCGAUGCUCAAGCGCCGGCCGCCUGGAGCGGCCGCCGCAUCUCCUUCUCGCAGCCAUACGCCACCAGAAUCCGCCCCGUCGACUUCCUCCCCGCGCAGACCAGCGCGCUACUCGCCGCGUGCCGCGCAAACCAGACGACCUUCACGGCACUCCUCCACGCGCUCGUUUUCGCAUACUUGGCAAGCGCGCUUCCGGAGGACGAGGUGUCCGGCGGGUUCAGCGCCGCCACCCCAAUCGGCCUGCGGCGGUACAUGCGCGACGACGUGGACGGUGCCUUGCGAGACACUCUCCGCGUGCUUCUCUGCUCGACCGACCACGCGUUUUCCGCCGCGAACGUUUCCGCCAUGCGCGCGGCGGCGGGCCCUUUCCCGCACCGCGCUGACUGGCGCCGUCUGGGCCACGGCGCGGCGCGUCCGCGGCGAGUUGGCCGACCGCCGCGCCACGCACAACAUCGUCGCUGGCAUGAUGCACCACGUUAGCGACUGGCGGCGCCUGCACACCGCCCGCGGCGGAGGCGGCCUGGGGCAAGGUUACGGUGAGCAGGGCGCGCUCUUCUCCAACGGGGCCAUGGUGACGGGCGCGGCGGUCGGCGUCAACGUGGCGUCGGCGCCGGGCGGUCGGCUAAGCAUCGCGCUGUCCUGGCAGGACGGCGUCGUGGAGGAGGCGUUGGUGGAGGGUCUGGGGCUCGCGCUGGAGGGGAUGGUAAACAGAUUCUGCGAAGGGGGCCGGGAGUGGUCGUUAUAA